GGCCAGGUUGCGGUUCUGCCUGGGUAGCGGCUGCUCCCGGGGGGCUCGCUGCCGGCUGGGGUGGGGGUUCCUGGAAACGGGCGCCACCCAGCCCCUCCCCACCAGGCUCAGGAAUGGUGCUCCUGGAAACUCCGCUGGACUUGCCUGGACCUCGGGGCGGGGUGCUGGGUCCCCGGGUUCCCUGAGCUUAGAAGACCCUGUCUGGAGGAAGGGAUUCCAGCUCUAGGGACUGGGUGGGGCGUCCUCAGCCCCUCCUUCGGCAGCUGUCCCUUGUUAGGCUGGGUGGGGCCGACUCGGACCCAGCUCUGGGCUGGUUUUCCCACGUCUUUGCUCCUGCUGGAGGGAGAGGGUGGUGUGGAGCCUGGGCCCGAAGAUGGCACCCAGGACACUGAGGGAGGGCACCGUCUGGUCCUGUGACUGGCACCCCUGCAAGGAGCUGCUCUGUCGGGGCACCCGGGCUUUGCCUGUCCGAGGAAGUGUCCUUCAACUUUGAGCCGGCCGACUUUGAGCCUUGAGUUCCUGAGGAUGGGCAGCAGGAGGCUCCGGAGGUGGCGCCCAGGCUCUGAGCUGCCCUAGGUCUGCAGAGACAUGGCCCAGCCACUGGCCUUCAUCCUUGAUGUCCCUGAGACCCCAGGGGACCAGGGCCAGGACCCCAGCCCCUAUGAUGAAAGCGAAGUGCACGACUCCUUCCAGCAGCUCAUCCAGGAGCAGAGCCAGUGUGCGGCCCAGGAGGGGCUGGAGCUGCAGCAGAGAGAGCAGGAGGCCACAGGAAGUGGCCAGCAGACACUCUGGCGCCCCGAGGGCACCCAGAGCACAGCCACACUCCGCAUCCUGGCCAGCAUGCCCAGCCGCACCAUUGGCCGCAGCCGAGGUGCCAUCAUCUCCCAGUACUACAACCGCACGGUGCAGCUUCGGCGCAGGAGCAGCCGGCCCCUGCUUGGGGACUUUGUCCGCUCCACCCGGCCCAGCCUCCGCCUGUACGACCUGGAGCUGGACCCCAUGGCCCGGGAGGAGGAGGAGAAGCAGAGCCUCCUGGUGAAGGAGCUCCAGAGCCUGGCGGUGGCACAGCGGGACCACAUGCUUCGAGGGAUGCCCUUAAGCCUGGCUGAGAAACGCAGCCUGCGAGAGAAGAGCAGGACCCUGAGGGGGAAGUGGAGGGGCCAGCCGGGCAGCGGCGGGGUCUGCUCCUGCUGUGGCCAGCUCAGAUAUGCCUGCGUGCUGGCCUUGCACAGCCUGGGGCUGGCGCUGCUCUCCGCCCUGCAGGCCCUGACGCCGUGGCGCUACGCCCUGAAGCGCAUCGGGGGCCAGUUCGGCUCCAGCGUGCUCUCCUACUUCCUCUUUCUCAAGACCCUGCUGGCUUUCAACGCCCUCCUGCUGCUGCUGCUUGUGGCCUUCAUCACGGGCCCGCAGGUCGCCUUCCCACCCGCCCUGCUGGGCCCUGUCCCCGUCUGCACAGGCCUGGAGCUCCUCACAGGCGCGGGUUGCUUCACUCACACCGUCAUGUACUACGGCCACUACAGUAAUGCCACGCUGAACCAGCCAUGUGGCAGCCCCCUGGAUGGCAGCCAGUGCAUACCCAGGGCGGGUGGCCUGCCCUACAACAUGCCCCUGGCCUACCUCUCCACUGUGGGCGUGAGCUUCUUUGUCACCUGCAUCACCCUGGUGUACAGCAUGGCUCACUCUUUUGGGGAGAGCUACCGGGUGGGGAGCACCUCUGGCAUCCACGCCAUCACCGUCUUCUGCUCCUGGGACUACAAGGUGACGCAGAAGCGGGCCUCCCGCCUCCAGCAGGACAAUAUUCGCACCCGGCUGAAGGAGCUGCUGGCCGAGUGGCAGCUGCGGCAGAGCCCCAGGAGUGUGUGCGGGACGCUGCGGCAGGCGGCUGUGCUGGGGCUUGUGUGGCUGCUGUGUCUGGGGACCGCGCUGGGCUGCGCCGUGGCCGUUCACGUCUUCUCGGAGUUCAUGAUCCAGAGUCCAGAGGCUGCUGGCCAGGAGGCUGCGCUGCUGGUCCUGCCCCUGGUGGUUGGCCUCCUCAACCUGGGGGCCCCCUACCUGUGCCGUGUCCUGGCCGCCCUGGAGCCGCAUGACUCCCCGGUGCUGGAAGUGUACGUGGCCAUCUGCAGGAACCUCAUCCUCAAGCUGGCCAUCCUGGGGACACUAUGCUACCACUGGCUGGACCACAGGGUGGGCGUCCUGCAGGGCCAGUGCUGGGAGGACUUCGUGGGCCAGGAGCUGUACCGGUUCCUGGUGAUGGACUUCGUCCUCAUGUUGCUGGACACGCUUUUUGGGGAACUGGUGUGGAGGAUUAUCUCCGAGAAGAAGCUGAAGAGGAGGCGGAAGCCGGAGUUUGACAUUGCCCGGAACGUCCUGGAGCUGAUUUAUGGGCAGACUCUGACCUGGCUGGGGGUGCUCUUCUCGCCCCUCCUCCCCGCCGUGCAGAUCAUCAAGCUGCUGCUCGUCUUCUAUGUCAAGAAGACCAGCCUUCUGGCCAACUGCCAGGCGCCGCGCCGGCCCUGGCUGGCCUCACACAUGAGCACCAUCUUUCUCACGCUGCUCUGCUUCCCCGCCUUCCUGGGCGCUGCUGUCUUCCUCUGCUACGCCGUCUGGCAAGUGAAGCCCUCGAGCACCUGCGGCCCCUUCCGGACCCUGGACACCAUGUACGAGGCCGGCAGGGUGUGGGUGCGCCACCUGGAGACGGCAGGCCCCAGGGUCUCCUGGCUGCCCUGGGUGCACCGGUACCUGGUAGAAAACACCUUCUUUGUCUUCCUGGUGUCGGCCCUGCUGCUGGCCGUGAUCUACCUCAACAUCCAGGUGGUGCGGGGCCAGCGGAAGGUCAUCUGCCUGCUCAAGGAGCAGAUCAGCAAUGAGGGGGAGGACAAAAUCUUCUUAAUCAACAAGCUUCACUCCAUCUACGAGAGGAAGGAGAAGGAGGAGAGGAGCAGGGUUGGAACAACCGAGGAGGCUGUGGCACCCUCUGCCCUGCUCACGGAUGAACAGGAUGCCUAGGGGGACGGCGAUGGGCCUCACGGGCCCGCCCAACACCCUGAGACCACACUGGUGCCUCCCAGUGACCCUGCUGGGACACCAGGACAAGGAAGACACUGUUCACCUCUCGAAAGCUGCAGCUGCGCCUAGGCUGGAGCUGGAAGGGUGGGUGAAUCCGGCUUGGGCAUCCCCAGUGAACUCUGCCCUGCCUGGGACUCUAUUUAUUCUGAUUAAAGGGCUUUUGCAGAUGGG